AAAAAUUUCGCUAGAUACAAAAUGCAAUUAAUUUCAAAGAUCUCCUUUUUGUCUGCUGUUUCAGUGACCCUUGCUUUCCCCCAAAUGAGCAGAUUUAUCGAAUGCCUUGGUGAAGACUCAAAUCGGUAUAUUGUUGACAAUCCCUGUGACUCAGUAGUGGCUAUUUACUCCAAGGAAUUCAGAGAUUUUGAUACGAAAGGUCCAGAUAAGCAGUUAGAUAAAUGCCUCAACUAUGUUGCUCUGAUUGACUCGGAGACUUCCUAUAUGAUUGCGUUUCCUGAGGCUGACGCUUUUUCGGGAUAUGUUUUGGACAGUCCAAUUGGAUUUGAUCAUUUCCAAACUCAUCCAGAAUUUUCUGGUGCUUUUUGCAGUGAGAAGAGCACCAAUAAAGCUGACCAGUUCAAAAGCACCUUUACCCAGAAGAGCGAAGAAGCUAAGAUGCUGGACGAACUAUGAGUGAGCUUCUUUUUGUGAAACCAGGAAACAUUGUGGAAGAAGUUUAUUGAAUUGGCCUCAAUGUGGGAUUCUAGUAGUUAUUAGUAAAUACUUAUUAG